AUGCUCGGGAAAAUAACACCUUUAGAGAAUAUCCUUGAAGCCUAUCAACCUACAGAACCAGUGCGUCGUAUUCAUGAACAAAAGGAUAUUGAAAUAUUUUCGAAAUCUAUUGCAUUUGAUAGAUUGAUGACAUUUAUUGCUUUAUUGAAUGAAAGUGUUUACAAGAAAAAGAUUUCAGAUCCUUGCACUACUUCACCUCAAACACAACGCAUCUUGGAAAUGCUUGACGUGAUGGAUUCUUGGCUAAAUGAUUUUCCUCCUUUAGAUAACCCUCAAAGAUUUGGCAACAAAGCCUUUAGACAAUGGGUAGAUAGAUUGAAUCAGUCCUCUGGAGAGUUACUCGAGAAGGUCUUACAGGAACAAUUGCAUAAAGCUAUACCCGAAUUAACGGAAUAUUUGAAUAAUGGAUUUGGAAAUGCAACAAGAAUUGAUUAUGGGUCAGGACACGAGCUUAGUUUUGUUGCAUGGUUAGCUGGUAUCGCAUUAUUAGGAGGAUUUGAUGAGAACGAUUAUCAAGCGAUUGUAUUGAGAGUAUUUGUAAGAUACUUGGAAUUGGUUCGUAAGAUUCAAAAGACAUAUUCCUUGGAGCCUGCAGGUAGUCAUGGAGUCUGGGGUCUAGAUGAUCAUCAGUUUCUACCGUAUGUUUGGGGAAGUUCUCAAUUGAUUGAUCACCCGAUAUUAAAGCCAAGGUCUAUAUUAAAUAAGGAGACAGUAAAUCAAUGUGCUGGAGAAUAUAUGUAUUUUAGAUGCAUCCAAUACAUUUUAGAAGUUAAAAGAGGUCCCUUUUUUGAGCAUUCCCCUAUGCUUAAUGACAUUGCCAGUUUAGUAUCAUGGAGUAAAGUGAAUACUGGUAUGACCAAGAUGUAUAUUGCAGAAGUACUGAAGAAAGUGCCAGUGGUUCAGCAUUUCAAGUUUGGAACAUUAUUUCCCUUUGACCAAAGACAACAAUAA